AAAGCAUCAUCGAGCACGACCCGAAAAUAGGGUGGUACUCUUUUGACCACCAUUCACUGUUCAUCUUUGUUCUAUCAUUAUUUUUCUAUAGCAACUUUGAAAAUUACGAUUUUAUUUUUUGAAUGGUAUUUAUUUGAUUACAGCCACCGAGGAUGACAGUACUGCCAACCGAAGUAAUGUUUUGACAGCAGAAGCCCUCAAAAUGUUCCACUCUACUACAUGUAAUAUCAACGAUACAUUCAGUGACUCGACAUCAUUGUGGAGUUCGGAAGAGGGCUUCCCAAGCAUCACGUAUUACCCAAUCAUCGCUUCAAAGCAAAACGACAGCGAUAACAAUGACGUCGACGAUGAUAACGCAUCCGACUGCUGUCAACUCCAUAACGAAGUCUUGAUCGAGAUUCAUCAUGAAGAUGAUAACGAUUCAUUGUUAUCUGACACUACUUCUAGUUUGAUCAGAUUCAUGGACGAAAUGGACAAUGAUAGUUUUACAGACGUGUCCAGCAUUACAACCGACAAUGAAGACAAUAACGACACGUUUACGACAGUCACCGAUUUGACAUACCACACCCAUGAUCUUUUCGAUGACGACAGCAGUGACGUCAUACUUGAUCUCUCCCUCACCAAAGAUGAAUACGAACUUAUCAAUGGUAGAGACCAAACAAUAGAAAGUGAUUUUAUCAUUGCAACAACUUUUCUAGAUGAAAUCAUUUCUGAGGUCGCCUUCAAACUGGAUUCUAACAAUUGAACCUCCGAUAUAUUU